GGGUUCUAUGACGUGUACAACACGCCUGAUGACUUGACAUACCGAAGAACAUGAGGCACUGGCAGGUAUAAAAGCCUCGCAUUUUAGACCAGGGCGAUAUCCAUCCGACGUAUUUCUUGAAGUAUGGCUUCACUGGUUCAAAUUCGAUGCUCCGAUACGGAUAACCUCCUUGGCCUGACGCCCGAUUGGACUGACUUGCCGACAGAGGGUCACACCGCUCCCAGCCUGAAUGUCAACACCAACACAGACGAAACCGUCGACACCAUCGAGUUUACUAGCAAUCGCGUCUCUCCGACAGACAUCACCGCUCCGAGCCCAGACGUGGACACCAGGGCGGAGGACACCAUCGAAACGACGGAGUCUGCUGGUCAUGUCACGACCAACAUUGAUGCUUUCCUCGAUAUCCUGAAGGAUAAAGGCGUCAACAUUGAUGCUCUCCGCGAUGUGCUGAAGGAUAAUGCCACACUGCUUCGUUGGCUUGGCGGCGGCGUAGCGGUGGGGAGCGUUGUCGUCUGUGCAACCCCCCUGCUUCUCCCAGUUGUUGGGUUUGGCGCUGCAGGAGUCACAAGCGGUUCAUUGGCUGCCGGCAUACAGGCAGCACUGUACGGGUCGACCGUCCCUGCUGGAUCGCUUUUCGCCCUCGCUCAGUCUUUCGGUGCCGGUGGUGCAUUGGGCGCACAGGCCGUCGCAGCAGUGCAAGCUGGCGGUGCUGUGACGGGGGCGAUCUCUGCCGGAGUAGGGGCGUUGGGUGCGUAUUUGAAGCGUUGAAUGCUGCACUCGUCGUGUCGUGUGACAGGUAUGAAUACGGAGAAAUGUGCGGUGUUGGUUGAUCGAUGGUUGGCGUUUCGGCUUCUCUUUCCGUUUUGCUCGUCUCCGUGUUGAUAUAACUGUGAUGAACUGUAUAUGUUCGUUUCUAAGUUGAAAAGAGGUACAAUAUCUACCCCCUUAUGCUUAGAGCCACAUAUAUAAUGAAUUGUAUGAAUAUUAAAAUAUGUGUUUAUUCAAUAGAGAUUUCACAGCAUUA